GGUUUUUCCAUCGUGGAUAAUUGGGCUUAAUUUUUCAGAUCUUUCAUUGAUCUCACCUGAACAUGGUUUGAACUUAAUUUGACCUCCUGAUUUUCAACUGUUAUCUGCUGUGAGAGAGUGAACAAGCGAUGAAUGUGAUUGUGGCUGGCAGUGGCUUUCUGGGCAAACAUCUCCAUGAGUAUUUAUCCAAGAGUGGACACUCAGUCACCCUUCUGUCCAGAACUGCCAAGGUCUUCCCUCGCACCAUCACGUGGUCUGAAUUGAAAACUGGAGGGGGUCUCCCCAAAAGUGACGUCAUCAUCAAUCUUUGUGGCGAGAAUGCUUUCAAACCCUUCUUUGUCAAGCCCUACAAUGAUAAAUACAAACAAGACAUUUUGGACAGUCGCAUAGGUGUGAACAAACUUUUGGGAAAAGCUCUGGGAGAGACGAAGGCAGAAGACAGACCGAGUGUGUAUGUGUCUGCAUCAGCAGUCGGAGUCUACGCUUCAAAUGAAAACAAAACCUUUAGUGAGGAGAGUGAAUUGCCACGUGACCUGGAGGGUAACUUCAUGGUUGAUAUGGUGUCCAAGUGGGAAGAAAGUGCACACGAGGUGGUUGAGGGGCAGAAGAAGGAGUGUCGGGUGGCCACUGUGAGGAUUGGACUGGUACUAGGAGUGGAAGGGGGAAUGUUACAACAGCUCAAGUGGCAGUACUUUUUCGGUGCGGGUGGAAAAAUUGGUGACGGAUCCCAGCCUUUUCCAUGGGUACAUGUACACGACACUGCCCGAGCCAUUGAACACGUGAUCAACACACCCUCAAUCCAUGGUCCAGUUAACAUCGUGGCCCCUGGAAGCGUCAAAGACACCGGAAUUACCUUCAACUCUACAAUGUAUAUUAAUACAUGGGCAGGUGGGGGACUCGAACCUACGUCAACUGUAGAGUCUAUAUAG